AUGUACAUGUCCCGUUGGAUGUCGCUGUCGCUGUUGCUGUUGCUGUUGCUGCACCACUCAAUUCAUUUUGCUGCCGUUGCUCGCUGGCGACUUUGUCCCCUUGUAUCCCCACCUCCCACCACCCCGCAUCCCCAGGAAUUCGCCAAGAUCUACGAGCUGUGCGAGUUCAUCCUAGACCGGAGCCAGAAGGCCUCCCUCCUCAACGGCACUCUACAGACACUGCAGCGCUUCCUCACGUGGAUCCCGCUGGGGUACAUCUUCGAGAGGCAGCUGAUCGAAGCUGAUUGUCUGGCCGGGCCGGUACGCCAGCCAGCCGCGCGGUGCUAUUUAAGCUGGUUUGUCAUGUACCGGUCCACCAGGACAGAUUUGAACUUGUCGGUGGUGAUCAAACCGGACGCUAACCUUGCGGCAAUGUACGAGGACGCGACGGAGCUGGAGCAGGUUUUCAUCAAGAAGUUGGCGCUCUUUUUUACCGUGUUUAUGAAGUCGCACCUGGGGAUGCUCGAGACCCCGGAGACGCAGCCGGUGCUGUUGGCGGGGAUGGAAUAUUUGGUGUCUAUCUCGGAGGUUCCCGACGACGAGGUGUUCAAGAUUUGUCUCGAGUUCUACCACCACUUCAGCUCGGACCUUUACCAGGACCAGGUCGCCUCCUUUGCCGGCACCGACUUGCGACGAGGGGUGUACGAGAGGCUGCUGACGAAGAUCCGGCUUGUGGUGAUAACGAGAAUGGCCAAGCCGGAGGAGGUGCUGAUCGUGGAGGAUGAGAACGGGGAAGUGGUGAGGGAGACGACUAAGGACACGGAAGCGAUCGCCCAGUACAAGAGCAUGCGGGAGACGCUCGUGUACCUGACCCACCUCAACAACGACGACACGGAGCAGAUCAUGCUCGAGAAGCUUAGCAAGCAGGUCGAGGUGUCGGGAAGCCAGUUUACGUGGAACAGCCUGAACACGUUGUGUUGGGCCAUCGGCUCCAUCUCCGGGGCGAUGAACGAGGAGGAGGAGAAGCGCUUUCUCGUCACUGUCAUUAAGGACCUUCUCAACUUGGUUGAGAUGAAGCGGGGGAAGGACAACAAGGCGGUUGUGGCCUCGAACAUCAUGUACGUCGUCGGGCAGUACCCCCGGUUCCUCCGGGCGCACUGGAAGUUCUUGCGGACGGUGGUGAACAAGCUCUUCGAGUUCAUGCACGAGCUGCACCCGGGCGUCCAGGACAUGGCGUGCGACACCUUCCUCAAGAUCUCGCAGAAGUGCAAGGGAAAAUUCAUGGCCACGCAGGUGGGAGAGAGCAUCCCCUUCGUAGAGGAGCUGCUUCGACAACUGCAUGCCACUGUCUCGGACUUGGAAACCCACCAGAUCACGAAGAUUCUCAAGACCAACACCAGGGUGUGGGGGGCGCUGGGGCCCCUGUACAUCCACCAGUUGAGCACCAUUUUCAUGGACGUGCUCAAGAUUUACCAGUAUUACAGCGAGAACUUCAGCCAGGCCGUCGCGGAGCAGGGGGAGUUGGCGACGCGGUUGUCGCACAUCCGUGCGAUGAGAGGGGCCAAGAAGGAGGUGCUGCGGCUACUGACCACGUUCAUCGAGAAGGCGGGGCCGCCGCAGGCUCCGACGGACCAGAUCGCGGCCAACUUUCUCCCGCCUAUGCUCGACCCCAUCUUGGGUGACUACCACCGGAAUAUCGCGGGCGCGAGGGAUCCGGAGGUGCUGUCGCUCUUCGCCCAGGCCAUCGAGAAGCUGGGAGACGCGGUUCAGCAGUACGUGCCUAGGAUCAUGGAGGCCGUCUUCGAGUGCACGCUGCUCAUGAUCACAAGAAACUUCGAGGAUUUCCCGGAGCACCGGUUGAAGUUUUUCCGGUUCUUGAAGGCGGUCAACACACACUGCUUCGGCACCCUCUUCGAGAUCCCUCCAGAGCACCAGAAGCUCGUCGUCGACAGCGUCGUUUGGGCGUUCAAGCACACCGAGCGUAACAUCGCGGAAACCGGCCUGGAGAUCUUGUACGAGCUGCUGAUGAAUGUAGGGAGGACCCCGGCGGUUGCACAGGGAUUCUACCGACAGUUCAAGCUGUCCCUUAUCCAGAGCAACCGGCAGUACGUGAUGGACUUCGUGGGGAACCUCCUCCUGACGUCGUUCCCGAACCUGACCAAGGCCCAGGUGGCCGUCUUCGUGUCCGGCCUGCUGAACUCGGACAUGGACCUCAACACGUUCAAGCUGCACCUCCGUGACUUCCUCGUCACCCUCAAGGAGUUCUCAACCGAAGACAACGCCGACCUCUUCCUCGAGGAGAACCUCGCCAAGAAGCAAGCCGACCAGGACAAGGCCAGACAGGCGCAACUCGCCGUGCCGGGUCUGGUGAACCCCCACGAUUUGCCAGAGGACGACAUGGCAGACCUUUAGACCUACCACCCAGCUCCCUCCCUCCUUCCCCCCGCCCCCGCGCUUCUUAGUUCUACAUCUUGUUUCUCUCCCCCGCGCUGGCGGCGGCGUAGUCGUGUUGUCUUCGUUUGCACUGAUAGUAGCUAGCACUGCUGUUUUUUAUUUUAGUCUUGUCCCAUUCUUUUUCUUGUUCUCUCUUGUUUCUUUUCUUUACAGCAGUCUCCAGUACGGGUGGUGCUCGCUUUCUGCUAAUAUGGCGGCAACGCAGACAGACGUCUGAGAGUUGUAUUCUAUGGUAUGCUACCACACAUUUUUUCGGAGCACGGGGCCAUCGGUAGAGCGGCCACAGCAGCAGCAGCAACUACAAGAGCAGCGGCAGCGAUUGAUUGUGGCAAAGGCAGCCGUCGCAGAUAUAUGAGUAACUUAUGGUGGGCAUCAGCUGCGGUAGUAGCGACGACAGCAGCAGAGAUGAGGAUCGGGCAGCCAAACUGUGAUCGGUUGGGCGUAUGUUUGCGUUUGGCGGUGGCGUUGAGCCGGCUCGCCCGGCCACAGCAGCACCAGAGGCUCUGUUGUUGUGGGCUUGAGGUACGU